AUGAUUACUUAUUCCGUCGACUGCCACCCCCAGGAGGCCGCCAGCAUUGGUGUGUUUAUCACCUUCGUGCGCCAGAUGUGGGGGUUCAUUGGGCCCUUUUGGUUUUCUCCCAUGUUCAAGUAUGUCGGAGUCGCUCCAAGUGCGGGUAUCUGUUCUGCGCUGGUCGUCGCUGUCAGCAUUAUCCCAACUAUCUUCCUGCACGCCCGGGCGAAGGUCUGGCGUCGAAAUGAGGGCGAAGAGUAA